AUGUGCCGGUCACCAGGGGAAGCCCCCGAGCCUAACGAGCAGACCUCCGGCGAGGACUGGUCCAGCAUCAAUGUCCCAGGCCAUUGGCAGCUGCAGGGCUGGGGAAAGCCGAACUAUACCAACACACAAUUCCCUAUUCCAGUGUGCCCUCCUUUCGUACCUACCGAGAAUCCCACGGGUACAUAUCGGCGGAAGUUUCAGGUACCUGCCGAGUGGCAAGCUGAUACCACAGAUAUUCGGUUGCGCUUCGACGGCGUCGACAGUGCAUACCACGUCUGGGUGAACGGUUCCUUGGUCGGGUACGCGCAAGGCAGCAGAAACCCAUCUGAAUUUGAUGUCACUCCAUAUUUGCGGGCACAUGGCGAUAAUGAAGUCUUUGUCAGAGUGUAUCAGUGGUCAGAUGCCACGUAUAUUGAAGAUCAGGAUCAGUGGUGGCUAUCUGGUAUUUUCCGAGAUGUCACUUUGAUUGCGUUACCAGCCGACCGGUUGAAUGACUGGUUUAUACGUACGGACCUCGAUCAAGAAUACAAAAAUGCGACACUUCUCGCAGCAAUUGACUACCAAGUUUCAGAGCGAAGCACCAUUGCAAUUAAUUUGAUCGAGUCAGUUGAGAGCAGCGCUCAAAUCAUUGCUUCUACGGAGAGCAGCAUAGAGCCAGCAACAUCCGUAGUUGAACUCAGCUUGCCUGUGCCCAACCCCAAGAAAUGGACUGCCGAGCAGCCCUAUCUAUACGAAGUGGAGAUGCUUUUGACAACAUCCGGUUCCAACAAGGCAUUCAAGACCACACAGCGUAUUGGCUUCCGCAAAGUCGAGCGUAAGGGUGGCCUCAUCACCGUCAACGGCAUUGCCAUUCGGCUUCGUGGAGUCAACCGACACGACCACCAUCCACUCUUCGGCCGUGCCGUGCCACUGGACUUCAUGAGGCAAGAUCUGCUUCUCAUGAAAGCCCACAAUAUCAAUGCGCUUCGUUGCAGCCACUAUCCACCCGACCCUCGGCUUCUUGACAUGGCCGAUGAGCUAGGCUUUUGGGUCAUCGACGAAGCUGAUCUCGAAUGUCACGGCUUCUAUGACGCUGUCGCCCGGCCAAUGGACAUGGACGAAACGCUUGGCUACGAGGAGCGAAAAGCCAUGACUUUCCCCCUGUGCGGUGUUCAUACAUCAGACAACCCCGUCUGGCGAGCCGCCUACAUUGAUCGAGUUCAUUCACUGCUGCAACGAGACAAGAAUCAUACGAGUGUCAUUAUCUGGUCUAUGGGCAAUGAGGCUUUCUUUGGCACAUGUCACCGCUCCAUGGUGGAGUAUGCUCGCAGCUUCGACGGCACUCGUCUGGUCCACUACGAGGGUGAUAUUCAUGCGGAAACCACAGACAUGUACAGCUAUAUGUAUCCUGAAAUCGACCGGCUACGAUCCUUGGCAGUCACCGAGGGGGCUACAAAUGGGGAAUUCGACAAGCCUAUCAUCCUUUGUGAAUACGCUCAUGCCAUGGGCAACGGACCUGGCCUGCUUGCCGAUUAUGAGAAGUGCUUCGACGAAAUCCCGCGCUUGCAGGGUGGUUUCAUAUGGGAAUGGGCCAAUCACGGGCUUUAUGUUGGAGAAACCAACAAGAAAGAUGGCUUCUAUGCCUAUGGCGGCGAUUUCGAUGACUAUCCAAACGAUGGAACGUUCGUGAUGGAUGGUCUCUUGAAUAGUGCCCACCAGCCUCUGCCAGGUCUGUUGGAGCUGAAGAGAGCCUUUGAGCCGGUCAAGUUGGAAGUCCGUGGACAGACAUUGCUGCUGAAAAACCGGUACGACUUCCUGGAUCUGAGCAAUCUUCAAGCCUGUUACAAGCUUGAAGCUUUUGACAAACAAGUAAAAGUCUUGGCAACUGGAAUACUGGAGCUGCCCAUUGUGCCCGCCGGGCAUUCUGCAGAACUUCCUCUGCCGACAGAGCUAUUCCAGCAUGAAACCCAUCCAGCCUACUUGACCAUUACACUUGAGCAACGUGAAAAGGUAGAAUGGAGUCAAGACCCUUAUGCGGUGGCCUGGACGCAAGCCUUGGUAUCAAAGCCAACCGAAAAAGCGAUAGUAAAUGGCAUGAGCUCCGCACAAGGUAUCGAGAAUGGCAUCUCAACGAACGUUACUAAGACAACCGUGUCUGUCAGUGGAGCCAACUGGUCCUUCCAAUUCGAUCGCAUCCGAGGCCAUCUCAGAAAGUGGACAUACAACUCGACCUGUAUCCUCAAGCCGGAUGCCGACACCGGGCUCGCCAUGAUACCUGGUUUCUGGCGCCCUCCAACAGACAACGACGUACCAUCCGCAGCGCCAUAUUGGAAGCGAUUCGGGGUGCAUACUCUCACGAACCAGCUCCAUUCGUUGAACGUGUCUUCAGCAGAGGAUGGUAGUGUCAGCGUCGACAGCGAGACAUUCCUAUCCCCACCAGUCCUGUCCUGGGGAUGGAAAUGCGUGGCACGCUAUAUAAUCAAGCCCAACGGUUCUUUGACAACCACUAUAACACUGCAACCUACCGGAACUGCACCUAAAACCGUUCCGCGAGUUGGUCUCAAUCUCCGCGCGAACUCUGCUCUGCAGUCUGCUCGUUGGCUGGGGCUUGGUCCUGGAGAGUCCUAUCCGGAUAAAAAGGCUGCUCAGAAGUUCGGUCUGUGGAAUGCUGAAGAUAUCGCCUCGCUACAGACGGUUUAUGAUAUUCCACAGGAGAAUGGAAACCGCACGGAUACAGCUUGGGUUGAGCUUGUUACUACAAAUGGCACGGGUUUCCGCGCUUCCCCUAUGGGAAGUACAGUUGUGAAUGGAGGAACGGUGAGCUUGAGCUGGACGGCUAGUCGGUACUCUGAUCAGUCUGUUGAGGCGGCGCGGCAUCCUUGUGAUCUUGUCGAAGAGGAUGCGGUAUUGGUGAGACUGGAUGAUCAGGUUGCGGGUGUUGGAAGUGCGGCGUGCGGUCCUGGCCCAAUGGACGAGCAUUUGAUCAAGGUGAAGGAUAUCACCUUUGGUAUGUUAUUGGAGCCUGUAUCUUCGUGA